GGGCGUCCUUGCAACUACGUAAAUAUCGACGCUUCUCGUGAUUGCUUGUCCUGGAGAACAGUGACCAGCGCUAACCUUUCUUCCUAUUGGCCAUCGACUGUCUGAACUAAAAGCUGCAACGCCUGUCCCAAUGCAUUGAACUUGGCCAUUGAAUCGAUUAGCACCCAAGACUCGUACAGCGACCGAAGAGGCAAAGUUGACGGGCUGAAGGUGGUGUCCCUAGAGCGACCUCACGGGCGACGCAGAAGACCGCGACUACGUCAUCGGCGAGUGGGUGAGGAGGCGCGUGCCCAAAAGACACGCGCCAAGCCGCGGGCCACGGCUGGCCGCUUCUCGAAGCCCGGCCGUCGCCAUGCCCCGAGCGGCAAGCCCCGCCGUCCAAGUGCUGCAGCCGCCGGAGCUGCGUCAACAAACAAACCGGCCCACCGGGCGGGCGGGCGGCCCUAAGCGCCAGCAGCGACGCAGCAGCAGCAGCAACAGCACUCGCAUCGGCGCAGUCCGACGGCUACUUCCAGCGUCGACGCAGCGCCCGUGACGCAGCCAACCCGGUUCGUGUGGUGCGACUCGCGUGAACCGAGGCGAGAGUUGGCGCGCUUUUUCAGACUCUACCCUUCGUCUUGCUUUUAGCCGAUAGUGCGUGCGUGCGUGACGGGUGUUGUCGGAGGGAAGUGUGAGGCCCGGUGCGUGCGUGUGCGGGGCGUUUGUUUUGGCUGCGAGCCUCCUCGCUGGUGGUGCGUUGGACGAGACACCCGGCGGAGGGCGAGGGGACCGGAGGGGGUGGGGUGCUCACCCUGUCUUUCCCACCCGCGGUCGUCGGUGUGCGCCGCCAAACUGAACCCUCGUGUGUGCCCCGAGACGACGUGCUUCUUCCCUCCGCGUGUGACCGCGACUCAACCGACGGACUUCGAUAUUGUUCGACCGAUCGCUUGAAGCUAGAUCACAUCGCUGCCUAGCUUGUACUUUUCGAUGAGGCGACCUGACGGGAACGCGGCUGCUGCCAGCGCCGGCGUGAGUCGACGGACGUCUGCCGGUGCGCUGUUACUUCUCUGUGGAUACCUGGCGGCCUCACUCGCGCAAGUGUCUGCUGCGCCGUCAAAAGGAGAAGAGCUGGGCAAGGGCUUUGAGGACGGUCGCUUGAAGCUCAUAGUGAAAGCCUUCGCGGACCAGCUCGUGCGGGAGCUCUCCUCGGCGCUCGACCAGGGCCACUUGCAGCUGAUCAAAGACAAACUGGGCAAGCUCUCGGACCACAUCCAGGAGCACCCGGCCAUCGGUCAGAAGCACCUGUGGGUGGGCAAGGGGAAGCCUCCCGCGCCCAAGGAUGCCGAGAGGAAAGAGCGCCACGCCCUAGCCGCGAGGCGCAAGUGGGCGAUGCACAAGCGUGACGGCGCCCUGGUGCUGCCCUCGGAGGAGAUCUGCCAGACGACCACCCAGUGGGAGCAGCUGAACCGCACGCAGGACUACGACGGCAACGAAGUGGAGAUCGUGCAGGAUGAGAUACAGCAGUACGUGUUCUCCUAUCGAUGCGCCACCGCGCAGAACCCAUGCACGGCCAUCUCCGGACUCUACGACAGCGAGUGCACGGAACGCAAGGGCUGGAUGUACCUCUACUACCGACCGCUAGAGGGCGACAACCGAGUCGCCAAGUGGGGCUACGUUUCGGUCAACCACCACUGCGUCUGCAAGGUGACUCCGAAGGGCGCCCGCUAGCUGGCUGCCCAGCAAACCACCGAGACCGCCCUCUACAGCUUGCGCCGAGAGCCCCACUGCAACCGGCUGGCUACACUGGCUACCUGGCUACACACUGGCUACACUGGCUGCAACAGGCUACACCGCUUCGAAGAAAGCUGAACCUGCUCGAGUCAUGCACCGGCCGUGUGCUGCAUAGUUGCCGCCGAGAACUUGUACGAAAGUUUAAUGAAGACGAGGCCGGAAAAAGUAGCAGUGAACGCAUUGCAAUUUCAGUGAUCAAAGCUUAAAGACAUUGAACUCUGGUAGUUAAUCUUCCGUGCUUCCCAUAAGUAGGCAUAUGUAUUGCUUCAUUUAAAAAUGAAAGGUGGAACUAAUAGGUGUUUAUUAAAACCAAGUGUAAAGGUGUGAAAUAACCUUACACCCCCACUAAAAUGUAAAGGUGUUUGUUCACAGAGAAAUACUGUGGCGUUUUGGUGCAGCCGCAGAGGUGUUAAAACCAAGCACGUGCCUGGUCUUACUUAGUCGCCGUCUUUAUUAAGAAGGGAGAACUUAUUAACUCAAGACAUUACUGCGAGAAACGCUUCAGUCUAGAAUAUAACUUUAAGGUGGAAUAGGUAGAAUUCUUUGUUUAUCAUAGAUGCCUCUUCCUUGCACAGAAUUUUUUUUUCAUGUAGACCUCAGGUUGCUGCUUAAGCAAAAAGGUUAACAUUAUUUCCGUUUGCUUUUCUCACGGUGGAUCCCUGCGUAAGCAAACUUCUUUAGUACUGUCGCAGCUGAUUAUGUGUCAUCAAUUCCAAUCGGAUAUCGUCUACUUGAACGUUUUUAGCAAUCACAUCCUUAUUAAAGGCACUCGUUCAAUCACAUCCUUAAAGGCACUCGUGUUGAAUAUUCCAAAAGUAGUGUUUGUCAAAUUGCAAAAUUGCCAUCCACCCGACUGUUCCAUGAAGAUACAAAGCAGUGUUUCUGGAACUGUGCACGCUGAUGUGAAGCAGUGGCUUCAGGAACGUUAUUACGCCUCGAUGACACAUUGUUAAACAAAAGCGUUUUUUUUUUCGAUUGUAUGCGACGCUUGUUAACAGCAUGACGUGAACAUUGAUUGUUAUCGUGAAAUUUGAGGUCGCUUAUUUAAAAAUCUUCGCCCGCAAAUCAAUCCUGUUUCAUUCGCACCCGCAACUAAGGCAUUAAACGCAAUUUUACAUGUUUUCUUCGUUCAGUAAUAUUCAUUCACGAACCGUCAUUGAAUGCAUUGAAUUCAUUGUUUCAGAAAAUUGCUCCACCAUUGACGAUCUGAAUUUUGUCUUCAGUAUUAAACAUUUUCCCUACUCGAGAUCACCGCCCACCACCUUUACGAUUUUAUGAAAAUAUUUAUCUUUUUCCUUCUACGUCAUCGAUCACCCUUCAUAGCUCAUCUGUUGUCACUUGUUUACAUCAGCGCAAAUAUAGAAUGCAUUCAUCAACCUUUCCUUUUUCCCCGUGUGAAACAUUUUGCCUGAAUGUGUGUGUUGCACUUUGUAUAUGAGAAUGAGGUGUUUACAUAAAGCGGCGAGAGUUCGUAGUCUAA